AGCGACCUGAUUGAAAGCCAAAAAUUUCGCGUUUGAUAGAAUGACUUGCAGUUGACACGAAACCAUUAACUUUAAGCAGGAUUUAUAAUCCUUUUUAUCGCUUCAAAUAAUUGAACAUCCGCACUGCACUUGUUGUAGGCUUAGACCUAUAAUUUAUCAUGAUGUCGACCAUUGUUAGCUCUACUUUUGGUCUGAUUUUGCUUAUAUCUAUAUCAGGAGUUCGGAGUGACCAUCAUACUUUACCAGGAGGAUUAGAACCAUGGGAGUUAGCAAUCUCGGAGAAACUCGGUGAAAUCGAGUUUAACGUUACGACAAGAAAUGAUUCGGCAAGAGAACAUUUCAUGUUGGGGCUAAAACUCCUCUCUUGUUUCUGGUAUGAUUUUGCGGAGAAGGAAUUCCUGAUAGCGCAGAAAAUUGACCCUGAGAUGUGCUUAGCGUAUGUCGGAGAGGCAUUGACGAAACGCAUGUUCUUGUGGAACUCCGACGAUAUCGACGCUGCAAAUGUCAUACUUGCGAAUAUGACGUCAGCAUGUUCUGUCGAAAGUUUAUCUCAGAGAGAGCAAGAUUACGUUACGGCUGUACAAUCAUUGUUUAACAUCACCAAGAAAAACGAUGGUAUGGCUAGGACAACGUCGUUCGGUGAUCAAAUGCAGGAAAUACACGAGGAAUACAGGGACGCACAAGCAGGGUCUUUAAGAGUUCUUGCUUGGAUAGAAACAGCUGGAUCUAAUGAAACUAAAUUGCAGAAAAGCAGGGAGUACAUCGAUGAGAUUUUUGAGGCCAACCCGAACCAUCCUUCAGUGAUCCACUAUGCAUUACACGCAUACGAUUUCUCUACACCCGGAGUAGCCAUCCGCGGAUUACCUUAUGCAGAGAAGUAUGGCGACGUCGUUUCGUAUGCAUCUCACGGGAAUCACAUGCCAGCUCACAUCUAUAUACGUCUUGGUAUGUGGAAGGAAUCCGUCUUCACAGAAAAGAUAGCAUUGGACGCAGGUGAUGAUUUCACGGAUAAGUAUGAAAACUCAAGUCUGUUAUACGACAAGUGGAAUCGUUACCAUUCUUUGGAAUAUCUACAAUAUUACCUCUUACAGCAAGGUCGGUUCAACGAAGCGAAGGUUUUAAUGGAACGCAUGCGCAGAGUCAUAAGCCAGGCUGAGGUCCAGGGGGAUGCACUCUUUUGGCAACAUUGGUACCGAAUGGCUGCUCGACAGUAUUUAGAAACAAGGAAUUUCAAUUUACCAAAUACGCACGCAAUUGACCUGGAAACUCCGAACUGGAAACCCCUUGAUGCAACUGAAUUUUGGUCACCCCAUUCUGAAGUCGGCUUCCAUCUUGCAAGAGGCCUCCAAGCCAUCCAAACCAAGUCCUCCGACAGUGGAACCAUGAUAGAAGGAAUAUUUGAUCGCAUCCGUCAAAUCAAAUUUGAAAUGGCUCCGCAAGAUUGGCCAUAUUUGAAAAAGACUGUCGUGUUUUUGACAAUGCAGUUGAAUUCAACGUAUGAAGCAAGCCAAGGGAGAAUUGAAGAGGCGGUUGAGAUCAUGAAAGAGGCCGUGGUCGUCCAGGAGUCGAUGGUCUUUUCAGGAAGUGAUCCCACUCUACUUUAUGUUUCUACAUGGGAAUUCCUGGGAGAUAUGAUCCUCAAAUACAAGCUAGAGGAUCACUAUGACACAGCAAUAGAGAUGUACAAGAAAGCUCUGUUAGCGAGACCCAGAAGAGCAGCAUCUGUCUAUGGUUUGUACAAACUCUACAAAAGGAAAAGACUCGACAGUGAAAUGAACUCUCAACUGGAGGAGAUUCGAAAAAUCUGGUCCGAUCCAGAUACCGAUUUUGAAGCUCGGGAAGAGAUAGAGAAGUCGGAUGAUGGCACAAGCGGACAAUACUCGAUUCAUAGUUCUCUGAACAUCUUCAUUGUUCUUCUUUGUGCUUUGAAGCUGAUUUCAUUAUUCUGAUGAAUACGUCAUUAAUACACAGCUGCUUAAAUUUCCUUGUAUAUAAGUAAUAGUGCUCCCAAAAAUGAAUAGUGUUCCCCAAAAUAUAUUUUUAAGUUUGUCCUGAAAAAAUGAAAUAAUGCAAACACUUUUGUAAUUAACAACACUUUUUCAUUACUUGGGGAUUUAUUCGUCAGAAUCCACUUAUGUUUUAGGAUAUCAUGGUAAAACAGUGUAUUCUUGUUACCUAUAAAAGCCUCCGAGAAUGACUUCCUUCAUCAUUUUGUGGAGUCAUAAAAUAAACACUAAUGCACGAUAAUUCUUAUAGUUUUUGUCGAGUGCCCGAUAUUCCAAAUAUAUGCAUGAAAACGAUGUGUUCUUUAUUUGCUACUAUGACGAAACACUCAAAAUGACAGACAGCAAUAAGUUGUGAAACGCACUAAAUACCAGUAUUCAGAUGAUUUAACUUGCAACUUAUAAAGCUGACACCAGAUAACUUCGAAUUCAUCGUCAAAACAAGUAUUGUAAUAUAUAUUUAUACAGUAUAAUAUUCCCACUUUUUAUGUAUUGUGCACUUUUGGAUAUCAAAGAUCCAUCAUGCUGAUUCUACCUAUUGCUCCUCGAUCUCGUGAAACGUAACGUCAUCUAUAAGUUUUACCACAUGGCCUUCAUGGCAACUUUGGGGAUUUCCUUCCUCUGACGUCACGUCAAGUUCUCGAGAGUUCAAAUCUGACCUUAGAUUUGAGAUUUAACCUUUAGUUUACCUUUUAGUGACCUUUGAAAGGUCAAAAAAAGAUUUUUAGAUUGAUUUUUUCAUUCAAAUUUAGCUCAGCUUAAUUACAAAGACCUACAUAUACUGACGUUUGAAAAGUGAAAUGUUCAAGGUCAAUGUCAUCAAAUUAGGUCACAAACGA